AUGAAGCAAUCGCUGCUAGCUGGGAUCGCCCUCGCCUGCUUGUUUACUGUUGGCGGCGCUGCAGGAGCGGAUAGUGCCGAUGGAUCGACAGAGGCCUCCACAUCCACGAGAUUGACUUGCGGCGCACAGCUGAAGAACAUCUACUACCAUGGCUUCAAUCUACAGACGUCGACGGUGAGCAACGCAGCGGCGUGCUGCGAUCUGUGCGCUGCGUACGACGGGUGCGUGCUGUACACGUACUUCUAUUCGUCCAGCACGGGUCAAAGUCUCUGCUAUUUGAAGAGCGGAGCGGGCGAAAAGACCAACUACGCGGACAGUUCCAGUGUGACGGCCGUAUCGGCCUUCAUGGUGUCGGCUACCAGCGCACCAACCCCAACGACCAGCACGCCGUCACCUAGUGCGACUCCAUCUGCAUGCAACGAGCAGCUUCAAGGCGUGUUCUACAACGACUACACCAUCUACGAGUUCUCCGUUGACUCGGCUGACGAGUGCUGCCAGUAUUGCUCGCAGCUAGCGGACGAAGGCUGCGUACUUUACACGCUGUACGUAUCGAUGAGUGAAAACGUGAAGCGUUGUCUGUUAAAGAGCGCAGCGGGCACAACCACGAACUAUACGAACUCGGACGACCUCACAAUAGUGUCGGCCUUCCUACCUGCAUCAGCGACGCCUUCGCCCACGUCGGCAGACGAGUGCACGGUAGCUGAGGGUCAGUACUGCGGUAACGCACAAGGAACGACGUGCUGCGAGUCGGACAGCUACUGUCAGCCGUGGAACACCUACUACUACCAGUGCAUCGGGCUUCCGGACGGCUGCGGCAACCUGGAGACGGACAUUGACUACUAUGGCAACGACCUCAGCAGCGCCUUGACACUAUAUCCUUGGUUGUGCUGCUCAUUGUGCCAAGAAACCGAGGGCUGCAACGCUUACACGUUCGUCAAUUUGGACCCAGCAGGACCCACAUGUUACAUGAAGACGAGCAGUGCCGGACGCGUCGCCAAUGUCGGUGCGUUGUCCGGCGUGCCGUUAAACAAGGCAUCCUUGUCGAUAUGCUACGUGUUCUGUUCUUCAUCCGUUGCUAUACUGGAUGCUGUUGGCUCCGGCGUGCUACGAGCUGUGAGCAAACAGUCCCUAGCGUACAAUACGCUGCUUGAUUCACCACUUCGAAGCACCCAUGAGUCAGAAAUCUCUGUUUACGCUUUGGAUGCCUUGGCAUUCUGGCAUUCCCAUCGGGACAUCUUAUCUCGACUGAGCACUUGGACCAAUCAAGUGAACACUUGCCAGGCAUCGCUGGCGCUGGAACUUCCAGCUGCUGGAGCUCGCGCUCUAUUGCAUGACCGGUUUCUGAUGGUCUCCACUACAGAAUCCGACAGCUCCACGCAAGAACCGUCGAUGGGUUCGAAAGGAAUCCCCUUCCAGGAGCUCAAGCUCACGGUCGACGAGGAGCAGAACUGCCGAGAUCGGUCGUUCCAACUGCUGGAUCGAACGCUACGCAGCUACGACGAGCGCGACGGCCAGGAAGAUAAUGGUCGACCUUCAGCCCCUCUGCAUCACUCUAACCUCGACAACACGCGCUGGAAGCAGCUCAAAACCCAGGAAAACGCGUCGCUCUAUGUCGAACGCAGCAAUAGCGUGCAUCGCGACGACAAUAUCCUCGGCGGUGACUGGAAAAACCCGAUGGUAUUCUUGAUGGCAGGCACCAUUCAAGGAGAGCUGGACGAGGUGAUGCUCGGCGUGGAGACCCCGAUCGUUGCCAGUCUACGAGACCGGAAGGAAGUACUAGCCAUGCAGCCGGUAGAUUGCGCUGUCUUGGCCGAACUAGCGGCCCCGACGGAGUCGGAUCCAUUUCAAUACCUUGGGAUCCAGUGGAUGGCGUUCAGACACGGUUGGCCUCUCAAGGCAGUGUCGUCGCCUCGAGACUUUGUAACGUUAGCGUCCAAGGGCACCAUGACACGCGCGAACGGCGACCGUAUCGGCUACCAAGUGGUACAGCCAGCCAAACUCCCUCAAUGUCCGCCGUUGCCCGGGUCGAUGCGUACCAAUCUCAUGUAUGCCGCCGUCUUCAAGCAACAGGAGCCUGGAAUCGUCGAUGUCUUCGUGCAGACAUAUAUCGAGACAAUGAGUUCCCUACUGAACAAAGUCGUGGUCUCAGCGACGUGGAAAUCUACUAUGGAUUUAUGGAGUGCGCCUCAACUGGCCGAGAUGAAGAAAAUGCAGUGGUGUCUUGCCAAUUGCAAGGCUCAACGUCGACAACUGCAACGACAGGCUUCUCCGUCGGCGAAAAACGUAUGUAAAAAGUGUCAAGAGAUACGCAAGAUGCGUGGCAGUGAUAUUGAGGACAAGACCGCUUGCGUCCUCUGCGUUUCGCCGACAUGCUCUAAUUGCCGCGUGGAGCGGACACUUGAGGCAAUUGAUGAACGAAAACUCAAGCUGAUACAACACUCGGUCAUUGUCUGUCGAGCCUGCAUGGUCUUCGUACAACACAUGCGACCCGUGGAUAUUGUACGGCAGACGUUGAAGCCAUAACGUAUAUAAGCUUGCAUUAUCUAGCCAAUUUAUUCUACUUACUGUAAAAAAUGAUAUUGCCAUUUUCAUUUAACGC